AUGACACUUGUAUUAAGUCUACCCACAGAUAAUGAGAAAUUUGUGGUAUAUUGUGAUGCAUCAAAGCAGGGACUAGGGUGUAUGUUGAUGCAAGUGGAGAAGGUGAUAGCAUAUGCAUCUAGGCAGUUGAAAGAAUAUGAACAACGCUACCCGACACACGACUUGGAGUUGGCAGCAGUAGUGUUCGCAUUGAAGAUAUGGCAGCACUAUCUUUGUGGGGAGAAAUGUGAAAUUUAUACAGAUCAUAAGAGCCCAAAAUACUUCUUUACUCAAAAGGAGUUAAACAUGAGGAAACGAUGGUGGUUAGAAUUACUUAAGGAAUAUGACUAUGAAAUAUUGUAUCAUCCGGGGAAGGCAAAUGUGGUAGCCAGCACCCUAAAUCAUAGGAGCCAAGGGCAGGUAGUGGCAAUAAGAAAUAUACCUGCCAAGUUGAUGGAGGAAGUAGAACAAGCAGAUAAAAUUACGGAAGGACAGGAUAAAGAUCUGCAAAUACAAAAGUAUGAACAAGGAAUCCAAGAUGGAAGUAGCAAAGAUUUUACUCUCAGUAAUUGUAGAACAGUGAGAUAUAAGGAAAGAAUAUAUGUGCCAAAUGAUUUAGAAAUUAAGAAGGAGAUUAUUGAUGAGGCGCAUACUACUCCUUAUAAUUUACACUCAGAGACAACGGAGAUGUACCAUGAUUUGAAGAUGUUAUAUAGGUGGCCUGGGAUGAAGAAGGACGUAGUUGAAUAUGUCAUAAGGUUUGUCAUGCCUCCAGCUUUGUCAGAAGUGCACAACAUUUUUCAUGUGUCCAUGUUACGCAAGUAUGUUUUGGACCUGUCUCACAUUCUUAGUUAUGAGGCGUUGGAUAUGCAACCAGACCUAUCUUAUGAAGAGAAGCCAGUAAAGAUUCUUGAUAAGAAGGAAAAAGAAUGA